CCGGAUUUUCCAGCACACAUUUGAACAGAGCAGGCUCCUUAGUUGUCCAGGAUGCCUGUCUCUGCCCCCUGGACCCACCCUCCUCCUUGCCUGCUGCUGAUUCUACUGCUGGGACUCACAGGAGAGGCUGCUGAGAAGGAGCUGCAGGUGAUUCAGCCUGACAAGUCGGUGUCAGUCGCAGCUGGAGAGACGGCCACUCUGAACUGUACCCUGACCUCGUUACACCCCAUUGGACCCACACAGUGGUUCAGGGGGACUGGACCAGGUGGGGAGUUAAUCUACAGUUACGGAGGAGGUCACUUUCCCCGAAUAACAAAUACUGCAGACACCACAAAGAGAAACACCAUGGACUAUUCCAUCCGCAUCAGUAACAUCACCCCAGCAGACACCGGGACCUACUACUGUGUGAAGUUCCGGAAAGGAGACACUGACGCCGUGCCGUUUAGGUCUGGACCGGGCACUCAGCUUGUUGUGAGUGCCAAACCCUCUCCCCCCGUGGUAUCGGGCCCCACAAUGAGGGCGCAGCCUGGGCAGACAGUGAGCUUCACCUGCAAAUCCCACGGCUUCUCCCCCAGAAACAUCAUCCUGAAAUGGUUCAAAGAUGGAAAUGAGCUCCCAGCCUCCCAGACCACCGUGGACCCAGAGGGAGACAGCGCUUCCUACAGCCUCUCCAGCACAGCCAAGGUGUCGUUGGUCCCGGGGGAUGUUCGCUCCCAAGUCAUCUGCCAGGUGGACCAUGUCACCCUGCAGGGGGGCCCUCCUCUUCGUGGGACUGCCAACCUGUCUGAGACCAUCCGAGUUCUGCCCACCGUGGAUGUUACCCAACACCCCUUGUCAGAGAACCAGGUGAACAUCACCUGCCAGGUGAAGAAAUUCUACCCCCAGCGCCUACAGCUGACCUGGUUGGAGAAUGGGAACGUGUCUCGUAGAGAAAUUGCUUCGACUCUCACAGUGAACAAGGAUGGAACCUUUAACUCGACGAGCUGGCUCUUGGUGUUUUCAUCUGCCUACAGGGAAGAUGUGGUGCUUACCUGCCAGGUGGAGCACGAUGGGCAGCUAGUGGUCGCCAAGAACCUUACCCUGAAGACCUCUCAGGGGACAGUUAAAAUCCACGGUCCAGAGACACCUGCCAUUACCUUUGUGGUGUUCCUGCUGGGCUUCAAGGUGCUGCUGGUGAUGAGUUUCACAGUCACUUACAUCCACAGGUGGUGGAACCUGUAA